AAACGUUCCCUGAAAUCUUAAGAGCGUGUUCGCGGGAAGAUUAAGAGACAACGAAGCAAGAAGGAUGUCCCUUGGUUUGGUCUUUGCUAUAUUGUUGGGCGUCGUCGUAACUUCCAACGACGCGUGCUCUUGUCUUGAAAGACAUCCUCAGGAAGUUUUCUGUAGCGCGCAUUUUGCGAUCCGUGCAAAAGUGCUCUCUCAGGAAGACAACCUCAGCAACUUCACUCGAAUCUUCGAUCUGCGAAUCCUGAAAAUAUUCAAAGGAACCUGGAAGCUAAACCAGACAGGACGCGUUCAAGUUUACGGCUCCAGACAUCGCAGUCUGUUGGUCAAGGCUCACACGACAACACUCCAAACUCUGUGCGGGGUGAGGCUGGCAAACGACAAGGUCUACCUGAUCACCGGGCGGAUCUGGAAAGGAAACCUUCAGCUGAAUCUAUGCAACUGGAAUCAGGAAUGGUCCGAAAUAACCCAUCGACAGCGCAUCGGAGUCAAGCGCUUUUAUGGUGAAAACUGCAAGUGCCAAAUUUCACCGUGCUACACUCGGAAAUGCCAAGAGCUCAAAGGGUGCAGCAGGUCCUCUGGAAUCCACUUGAAUAGCUGUGAGUGGCGUCACUCCUACUGCCUUGUAAACGCUGACGGAAACGCAUGCUCUUGGCGCGAGACCGCUGAAUACAAGAACUGCACAAGUCAGGCGAUGCCUUAAAAACUAUACAUGACUUCACUAUUUUCACGAAAAUGAUUGUAAUUUUGUUACGAGAAUAGCAAUUUGUAUCUAAAAAAAAUUGUCAGAACUUAAAGGGCACUCAUUCACCUUUGGUAUAAUCUCCAAAACACCUUCGAGUAGAUUGAAACUUUUCACUUCCGCAGUUGAACUUAAGUGCAUUUGUUGUAGUUGUAACAUUGAACUCUGUAAAUUAAAUCCUGGUGCUGUUUAAUUUGUCUUUCAGUAUUUCUAAAUUUCAACUUUUGGAAGUCUUCGAUUAAGAAGAGU